GAGGGCACCGGGGCCCGCCCCGCCCCCGGGCCCGCCUCGGGUCCCUCCGGAGGAGGCAGCGGGACCGCGGCGCUCUGCCCGGGCAGGUCACAGCUCAGCUGACCAAGUUUGUAACUGCUGGAACGGGCUGGGCUCCAGCCACGCCGUGGGUGCUGCUCCGAACCCUUCGCUGCCGGCGCGGGCCAUGGCAGAGGAUGCUGUGGAGGGAGGCGAGAGCUGCUGCUGCCCGGGGGGUUUGUAGGUGCCAGUGUGAGCAGGGUGAAGCAACUUAACGCCCUUGUCAGAAGAUGCUUAAGUGACAGCCCAGUUAGACUCCACCAUGGAGAAGACAGAAGCAGAUGGCCAGCCCCCCAAACCCAACGGGGACAGGGAGCAGCCCCGCAGCCUCCCCUACUCCCUGGAGACACCCUACGGCUUCCACCUGGACCUGGAUUUCCUGAAGUACGUGGAUGACAUCGAGAAAGGCAACACCAUCCGCAGGGUCCACAUCCACCGCCGGGCCAAGCAGCCCAAAUUCAGCACCCUGCCCAGAAACUUCAGCCUGCCCGAGAACGCCUCCCGCGGCUGCUCCGCCGCCUCUCCCAGCAAGAGCUGGACCUCGACGUGCUCCUUCCCGCAGCGGAAGGCAUCCCUGGGCGAGGAGCAUCCCCGGGCCCCGCCGGAGGAGCCGAGCUACCGGCGGAGAGCGCUGCUGGCCGAGACGCGGCGGCAGGCGGAGCUGGGCCGGCCGCAGCUGCUGCGAGCCUCCAGCAUGCCCGAGGCGCUGCCCCCCGGCCUGAGCGCCCCGCCGGGACCCUCGGCCCCGCGCUCCCCUCCGCAGGAGCAGCGCGGCUCUGAGAGCGCCUCCCGCCCCGGCUGGGACAGCAGCGCCUCAGCCCCGCCGAGGGAGGUGAGCUCGGAGCGGGACGGCUCCUCGGGGCAUCCCGGGGGGGCUCUGCCGGGGCCCGUGCAGCCCCCCUGGCAGAGCCAGCAGCUGCAGGUGGUGAUGGAGAGCGGCGGUGAGGAGGGCGAGGCCGCCGAUGGCAUCGUGGCCGGGGGUGAAGCAGCAGCAGCAGCAGCCGCUGUUCUCCGGCCGGCAGAGGAGAACGGGAACCCUGCGGAAAGGGGGCUGAGCGUGAGUGAGGUGGAUGGGAACUUGCCGAAGGAAGGUGAGGAGAGGAACGUCCAGGCUGCAGGGGACAAGGAGAGAGGAGCUCCCCAGCCUGGCGCGGUCACGGCGCUGAAGCAGCACAUCGCUGACCUGCAGGAGCAGCUGGCCAAGAAGGAAGAGGAGCUCGGGCAGGUCAGGGCAGCGCUGGAGCAGCAGGGUCAUGAGAUCCAGGAGAAGGAGAAGAGCAUUAAGCUGCUGGCCAGCUCCAAAGCCCAGCUGGAGGAGCAGCUGUGCCGGGAGAGGUGCAGAGAGGCCGAGCUGCGGCGGGGCGGGGGCUGGCAGUGCCUGGAUGCUGCGGUGAACACGGAGCCCUGGCAGGUGACAGGGGACAGGCAGGACAAAGGCAUCAACGUGAGCAUCCCGCUCCCCAGCAGGUCUGUGGGCUGUGGGCACGGCCGCGGUGCCCCGGCCCUGGAGCUGGGCACGGGCAGCGAGCGGGGCCGGGCAGAGGGACGGUGUGGGGAAGGCAGCAGCGAGCCUGGGCUGCAGAUCCACGAACACCCCGGAGACAGCAACCACAACCUCCACAGCUCCCUCGGCACAGAGCCGGCUGAACGCCAGGCAGGCUUGGGAGAAGAUAAACCUCUGCAAGAGGAAGGAGCCCCUGGCCACGAGGACCUGCCGGCUGUUGACCCCAUCGGGCAAUACGUGAAAAAGAUCCAGGAGCUGCUGCAGGAGCAGUGGCUGUGUUUGGAGCACGGGUACCCCGAGCUGGCCAGCGCUAUCAAGCAGCCGGCCUCCAAGCUCAGCUCCAUCCAGAACCAGUUAGUUAAUUCCCUGAACUCCCUGCUCUCUGCCUACUCCUCGCAAGGGCCCGUGGAUAAGGAGAAUUCCAACACACACUAUCAACAGUUGGAAAACUCUCCAACCACAAGUCUUAAAUCCAUCAUGAAAAAGAAAGGUUAUGGUUUCCAUGCAGGAGGCAAUGGGACCAAAAAGAAUCUCCAGUUUGUUGGGGUAAAUGGUGGCUACGAGAGCACGUCCAGCGAGGACACGAGCUGCGACGACAGCGAUGACGCCGAGGGCACAGCCGGGGACGGGGAGCCCGAGCAGGCUGCAAGGGAAAGCAGAGGGCCUUCCUCGGGGCAAGAGCGUGAGGAUGAGGAUGGUGAGCGGGAGGCAUCAGCAGGAGCAGCCCCCUGCUCCCAGGCUCCCAGAUGCAAACCCUCGGAAGAUUUCCUUGCCGCCUGCCAGCUCCUCAGUGAACACCUCCCAGAAAUCAGGAGCACAAGCAACAAGCAUCUGCAGCACGUCCUCAGUGCCAUCUCCCAGGAGUGGUUCCAGGUGUCCAGCCACAAGUCUUCCAGCCCCGAGGUGGUGGCAGCGUACCUGGGGGCGCUGGGGGACAGCCAGCCCCAGCUCCUGGAGGCCGUGGUGAACCUGCCCGACAGGAACGGCAACACCGCCCUCCACUACAGCGUGUCCCACUCCAACUUCCCGGUGGCAAAGCUCCUGCUGGACACGGGCGUGUGCUGCCUGGACCUGCAGAACCGCGCCGGCUACACGGCCGUGAUGCUCACGCCGCUGGCGGCCCCCGAGACCCGCCAGGACAUGGAGGUGGUGAUGAGGCUGCUGAGGGAGGGAAACGUCAACCUGAGAGCUGCCCAGGGAGGCCAGACCGCGCUGAUGCUGGGGGUGAGUCACGACAGGGACGACAUGGUGCGAGCGCUGCUGGCCUGCCAGGCCGAUGUCAACCUGCAGGACGAGGAGGGCAGCACGGCGCUGAUGGUGGCCUGUCGCCAGGGCAACGCCGACAUCGUCAGGCUGCUGCUGGCCCAGCCCGGCUGCCAGGUGACCCUGACGGACAAGGGCGGGAACUCAGCACUGUCACUGGCCCACGGGGACAUCGCCGCGCUCCUGCGCGCCCACAUCGAGCUCAGCCCGUCCCUCUCGGUGUGAGGGGGCUGGAGGAGGCCAGGAUGGAGCUGGGAGCCAGCAGCCCCUGCCUGAGCAGCCCUGCCUGAGCAGCCCCUGCCUGAGCAGCCCCUGCCUGAGCAGCCCCUGCCUGAGCAGCCCCUGCCUGAGCAGCCCUGCCUGAGCAGCCCUGCCUGAGCAGCCCCUGCCUGAGCAGCCCUGCCUGAGCAGCCCCUGCCUGAGCAGGGCAGGUCACGGGGGGGAACCUCCCUGCACCAUCUGAAUUGUGUUCCCCGUGUCCAGUGCUCCUCCUUCACCCCACUCACACCCCUAAUCUGUGCCACAGACAACUCCAGCCUCUCCCAUCCGCUCCUCCCGGGGUAGAUUUGGCAGGUGAGCAACCAAAACCAACGAGAAAAGCACAGCAAACAGCAAUACUUAGUCUUUUGUAACCAGAGGUUAUGGGUGUCCUUUUAAUCGACUACUUAACUGUAUCUCAUUUAACUUGUAAGUUUGUGUCCUAAUAUUUAUUAUCAGCUCUUCUGUAAGUAGUGGCAGGCAGCGAUUACCCCGUGUAUGUAACAACAAACACAAGCUGGGUGGAUUGUGGAAAGCAGAAAAUCCCAUUUAUGUUUGCUUAUGCGGCUCUGAUGUAAGAAUUAAAAAUUAAUGCUCUAGGAAAAUAUUUGAGUGUGCCAGACCCAAACAGGCAGACAUUGUUUUGCCUGGAUUUGGAGUGACCAUAUGGCUGUUAUUUUUCCCUAAUUAAGUUUGAGCUGACGAGGAAGCGCAGGCUCAGCAGCAGGGUGGGGUGGGGCAGGGCAUUCCGAGCAGGGAGAUCCCAGCAGAUUCCCAGCACAGGGGCUGCUAACCUUGCCCAGAUGCCUUUUGGCCCUCUUUGCUUUGCCUCUGCUCCAUUUUAAUAUUCCCAAUGUUCUGUAAAGCCAAGGCGUGGUUUAGCUGCUCCCCCACCAUGGAGCACCCACAGGGUCCAGCAUCACCUCAAAUCAGGGUUUUUUAUUAAAUCCCUCUAAUUCUGCCAGAGAGGGAGGCAGGGCUCAGGCCCCACUUCUCCAAGCACCCUUGUUUUGCUGCAUCAGGACCCGCUGGGUGCUCUCCCUUGGCUUUGGUGGAGCAAACCCAGAUCUCCCUGAUUAGCUAAUUACUCCUUUUGUUUGGAAACAGAAGUGAAUUCCAGAUCACUCUGGUUGUUAUUUAGUCAGUUCACAUCCUGACAAAAUGUCUCCUGAGCUGCCUUGAGCCCCCAUCCUUGCAGGGAGGGGAGAAGAGCCCUGACCUCUGUUUUCCAUGGAAAUCUGCCAUCUGCUCAAUUUUCCUCCCUUUCUUCACAUUUUCAGUGCAGAGCAUUCACUAUCUCAAACUUCUAUUUGCCUUUUUUUUAAUCUGUAUCCCAAAAUGCCUCCUUUAUGUAUAAAUAAAAACAUUUAAACCUU